GACUUAUUGCGAAGGCGCCUGCGGGAUGUGUCAUUGCGGUGGGACGCCGGCGCUCGCCUAUGGCGUCACUGGUGUGGCGGGCGGGAAAAAACAAAAUCGUAAUCGCUGUCGCUCUGUCGAGGGGGGAACCUAGCGCCGAGGAAAUUCGUCUUCCCCUUGUCUUCCCGCGUCAGAUGGAUGGCAACGUGAACUGCUCCGCUGAAGUGCACUUCUGAACCUGCCUUGGCAGCAACACUGGGGAGGGCGAGAAACAAUGGGCAGACUCUGAACCAUUAAACCUAACAUGCAUUAAGCUGCCAGAGUGUCUGCACUGGGUUUGCUGCCAUGGAGGAUGUGGAGCCGCGCUUUAUGCACUUCCUGCAGCCCAUAAAGGACCUCACCAAGAAUUGGGAGGUGGAUGUGGCAACUCAGCUAGGAGAGUACUUGGAGGAGCUCGACCAAAUCUGUAUUUCAUUUGAUGGCGGCAAAACCACCAUGAACUUCAUAGAAGCAGCGCUGCUGAUCCAAGGUUCUGCCUGUAUCUAUAGUAAGAAGGUGGAGUAUCUCUACUCAUUGGUCUACCAGGCACUUGAUUUCAUCUCGAAUAAGAAGCGUGAGAAGCAGCCUGCAUCAGUAGGAGAGGAUGGGAAGGAUGCAGAUGCUGGCAAUGGACCAGCAGAAGAAGAGGAAGAGUUCCUCUCUUUGGAUGACAUCCAGGAUACCAGCAGAGCAAACAUGGACUUGAGGAAUGACCAGAGGCGCAGUACGGUCAACAUUGUCCCCUUGACUCCCAUGGCCCUGGUUCCAGCAGAGGAGGCAGAAAAGAAGGACAAUCCCCUCUUCAGCAAAAAGGGGGAGAUCCUGGCGAGCCGGAAGGAUUUUCGUAUGAACACGUGCACCCCGCACGCCAACGGCGUCUUCAUGCUGGAGCUGGCGGGACUCUCGCCCACACAGUGCCCGCCGGGGAGGAGCUGCGAGUGGGGCUGUUGGAGCUCCAUGGGAGUUCAGGGUCCUGCCCCAGCAGCUGGUUCCACCCCCAUGGAGGUCAGUGUGUGUGCAACGCCUGUUCUUGCCCUAAACUUCUCUGGAGAAGGAGCCGGUACAGCAGCACCGCCGAUUGACGAGAAUGAAGACUGUGAUAACUUCCUGCCGGAUGUUCCAGAAGAGGCGCCGGAUGCCUCCCCAGCUGGGGCUGAGGAGCGUGUGGAGCAUCAGACGAGUGUCCCCCAGAGGAAAGGGUACAUGCUGAGGGAGAGGCCCCUUGCCCUGGAUCCCAAUGCCCGCAUCAAGGAGAUGCUGGACCCUUGGCGCAGCCUUGACCCCUUCAGCUUUUCAGAUGACAAACCUCUUAAGAAAGGCAGGCCCUUUGCAGUGCCACGUGGCCUGGACAACUUGCCUGGCACCAAGCGGAAGAGGAGGCUGUCCAGCAAGCUGCAGGAGUUCACAGUGUGGUUUUCAGCCACCGAGCACGACAGAGCCGGCAACCAGAGAAGCAGGAGGAAAGGCCCAACGUUCACUGAUCUUGAAGUCCUCUACUGGAAACACGUGAAAGAGCGCUUGGCUGCCCAGCGGAAGCUGCAGAGGAGAAUGCAAGACCCGCUAUUGGCCCAGCCAUUUGAGGAGCCCGAAGCCCUGGAGGAGGAUCUCCGGGAGGAUGGCGCUGUGGGCGAUGCCGAGGAUGGAGGGGCAGAUGACUUUCUGGAACACGAAGAUGUCUCCCCCAUGGAAGCCCCAGAAGAGGCCCCAGAGGGCGUGAGAGAUCCUGCUGAAGUCCCCACCUCCCUCAGCUACGAGGAGCUUGUGCGGAAGAACGUGGAGCUGUUCAUGGCCCACUCCCAGAAGUACGCUCGAGAGACCGUUCUGUCCCGCCGUGUCCAGGACUGGGAGGAGAUGAUGGGGCCGCAGCUAGAAGAACAGGAAGCACAUGCAGCCUUCGACAUCCACCUCUACGGGGACCGCGUGGUGUCCCGCCUGGGCCGUGUGGGCGAGUGGCGCUCCUUCGCCAGCCUGGUGGCAGGAGAGCCGGCCUUCGAGGUCUGCCGCUGCAUGCUGGCCACCCUGCAGCUUGCCAAUGACUACACAGUGGAAAUCUCCCAAAAGCCUGGCCUGGAGGAGAGCGUAGACACCAUGGCCCUGCGCCUGCUGACUCAAGAGAGAGCCCACCGGCGCUUCCACACCUACACGGCUCCCUCCCUCGCCCAGCAAUGACAUUGCUCUUCCUUAGCCACCCCCCACCUCCAAACGCACACACUGUGUACGCAUCUGUAUAUAUAUCUGUAUAUCUCUGUACAGCUUCUGUGUCCUAGUCGUUCUUCCCUGCCCUGACUGACCCUUCACCUCCUCUCUUCACUUUGCUGCAAUAGACUCUGUGUGUGCUGGAGUCUCGCUGACUUUCCUUUUUGGGCGCUGGGACCAACUGCAAGGGCAAAACUGGGGAUCUAUCACCUCCAGCAUUCUGUUACCAUCAAGGGGGAGGGAAACUUGAUGCCCUGGUGAGAUCAGGCGUAGGAUAUAAAAGCCGAUGGACCCUCCCCCCCCUCCUGGUCAGCCCUAACCUUCACCUGCUGAAAUUAGAAGUUUAAAGGUGCCUCGUGGGGCCUCUUGCAAAGCCCUUUGGAAGCUGCUUUGUGCUGCUCCACCUCCAAAAAUUUGGGGGUUCAAGGAGCAGUGUGGGGAGGAGGCAGCUUCCUUUGAAGGGAGACCACUUCCUCCUCGAGUGAGUUGCACUCCUGCAGUCCGUGAGCUGAUGGACGGAUGGGACUGGCCUUGCUCCAGCAAAGGAAAAAUUGGUAGCCUGCCUUCAAGCCCCAGUUGUUCCUCUGAAGCUCUGCCCUUGCCUGUCCCACACAUGACAUCAUGCAUGAUGUCGGAAUGCAUCUCCAACUUGGUGGGUUUGCAUGGGGUUAAAGCAGAUAAAGAGGUAACCUCCAAGAUUCCUAGGUUGUCUCCUGGUCCUUUGAUCUCCGUGCCGACCUUUCUUCUGAUUAGACUGAUACUCUCAGGGUCGCUGACCUCAUUUCCAGGGCUGCCUCCACCUCCGUCUCUCUUGGGGAGAGAAGUCUUUCCUCUCCCCCCCCCCCCCCAGCAUGAGAUCAAAGACCAAGGAUGGAUCUCUGCACCUCCAACAUAGUGAGAACCAGGAACUCGUUUAUUAUAGACAAUACUUAAUAAAAAAAAAGUUUUCUUAUUUUCCUGA